AUGAAAGGAGUGAGGCCCAACUGCGCCGGAGAUAUAGUCCCCAUUGAGCUCUACGGGCCCUCUGACUUCGAAUCGUGGCGGGACUGCUACAGGGUGUUCAGAACUGGCGCAAUCAUGUUCGAGCAGAUCACGCCACCGAAGCUGGACCGGUAUGAGAAGCAGAUGUACGAGCCCGUCUCGUACAUGCUGAAAGACUUCGAAGGAUGGGUCAAGAAGCGCAUGACCGAGCACAGCAAGCGGGAUUCAAUCACCAUUUCGAUCCUGCCAAGCCCUGGGCGUGGGUCUCGGGUGAGCAGUGCAUGGAAGUCCUUGGAUUCUGGCAUCGUGAAGUCACAGCCCACCAAGCGAGCCAGAGGCCCAGACAUCAGGGAGCAUCGUGCUGUGGAAGAUGGGAGCUUCACCCGCAAUGAGCCUUGUCGCCUAUUUCAGACAGGCGGGCGCACUGAGAAAUACAGCAGACGCAAAGUGCGCCAGAAACAGCAGUCGCCGACAUCAGUGCUCAAAGUGCAGAUGAAGACGGAUCCCUUGGGAGAAAGUCUGAAAGCCAACCUCAUUGAUAGCACAGAGUAUGACCUAGUCAAUAGAGAGCAGGAAGAUCUCACCAAUGACUUCAUCUGGCAACAGGUGAAGGCAGACAUCAGAGCCAAGAAGUAUGACGGCCUAAUCGCAGGUCCACCAUGCAAUACCUUCACCAAUGUCAGGAAGGAUGACGGACUUGGACCUUUGCCACUCAGAGGACCGUCGGGACCGGACAGAUACGGCCUGGCGCACUUAGCUGGCGAAGAGAAGGACAAAGUCAGAAUUGGAACUUUGAACUUUUCUGGCACAGAGAUCGGCAGUGGCCCAGUGCGCGCCAAGAUUACCAAGUCAACCACUCUGAUGCUUGGAAGAAUCAAGCAUUGCGAGGUGCGACCAAUGUGCACUUAUGAGAAGAAACUUUGGAGGAAGCCGAGCACAGGGGGUCCACCUUUAAAGGGAAAACGGUUCAUUGAGGUGGAGAAGUGGAGACAGUCCAUGCUGAGAACCACUAGGGAAAUCAAGAUCAGGGACCAACACCGCCCCUAUCUGACCAGUGCAGCUCAAGCAUACCGCGACCUUGAGGACGCAUCAGGACAACUUCAGGAGGUGCGGCAAGUAUGCCUUGAAGAGGAGGAGAUCAGAUGA